GAAGCCGUAUCAACUCCCCUCAACACCAGCACACAUCCCCCAUCGGACUUGCCUCGAUGCACCUAAGCCAGGUGUGGCGGCGGCCAGCGCUCCAGCCCAACACGGUGCUCCAGAGACCGUCUAUUCUCCGAGUAACUCAUGUGGUGCUGCCGCGUCAGGCCCGGUAAAAACCCACACAAACGACGGUGAUAGCCGCAAAGCUGCCGUGGAGGAUGUCUCGCAGGAGCAGUCGGAAGAGCAGGCGUCCUUCUCAAUGCAGCCUGCCAUUUCAGAGUCUAGACCGGUUGCAACGGAGCAGGAAGUUCCAGUUGCCAAGUGGUACAAGUUUGGACCUGCCUGAAGAAAGCAUGGGCGAGUCGACGCCGUUAAUUGGUGACAUUAUAUCUGCGAGUCUUUCUCGGUCACCUUCCAUGGGCGUCCUGGAGGACACUCUCGGCCCAGAAAGGGCACCUCACACGGAACGUGUCAAUAUUGACGAAAGGGCCGUUGGAGACUCUCAGAGCCAGGUAGCCACAACCGAUGCAGCUGGGGACACAGGAAGCAAGACACGUUGCCCGGAAAGCCUCGGAUAUGAGGGCCUUGGGGCUGAAGAGCCAAGCGCAGGCAGAGGUGGGAGAGGUAAUAGAGGCCCCGCCGAUGAUGAUAAGGGCGUUGCUGUCUCUGAUCCCGUUCAAUCCCGGCCAUCCACUGGACAAAGUUGCCGUGCCUGCUGUCAUCUGAGGGCCAAUAUUGGUGGGCUGGAACAAUUCACAUCCGUUUCCGAGAAAUCACCGACCCGUGAGCAAGGCCGCCAGGUCAAAGCGAUGGCCGGGAACGCUUCGUCCCGUGCAUCCUAUCAUUAUGAAGACUGGAACGAUAAUUGGGACAGCGAGAACGGUCAAGCUGUGGAUGGACUGAGUAAACAUCCAAUAUUGACAUCCAGACCCAUCCGCGACUCAAACGAACGUCAGACGACACGAUCAUCGUCCGAUAACACCACCAGGAAAGGGUCAGUUCCAUCCCAGAGGCGACCGGAUGGUAACUUCCGGCCCGCUUCUAGUGAAGCGCAGGAGGUGUUUGGCCGGGGAAUUUUACGCAUCCAACCCCAUGGCCCCCGGAAUGCAUAUAUCAUCACGUUUCUGCCAGAUGUCAUUGAGGCGGCGCCUAAAUCAUCGGCGUCCGAGCUCUGCGAAGAGCCGUCCAGCUCAACCGGUCGUGGACCGACGAAUCCGACAAAUACCUCAACGGUUGACAGCGUGCCAGGUGCACAAAAGCACAUUCCCAUUGACCCUCUCAUUCUCGCCGAUGAUGGGCCGUUGGAAUCAGGGGAUCUACAUCAGCCCUUCUCGUUGGGGGACGAUCCUAAGCUGUCAGAGGCGAUUUGUUCAUAUCCAGACCCGCCACCCCUUUUCUACAGUGCACUAGAUCAGCGAGACUCCAUCAGGCCGAGGCAAGGCGAAGAUACUCAGUCUACCAGCUCCCCUAACGACCGUCACAGCGUUGCGGUCGGCAAUCCUCCCUCCAGAGACUCUCCGAACUCCGCCCACGGUGGUAGACAGUCCAAAUCCCGCAAGCGAAAGCGGUGUCGACUCGAUGGACGACCACUCAAACGGGUUCUAGGGCCCCAUACGUCCGCCCCAGGGGGGAACCCGUUUGCGCCACUCUAUACCUACUUGCAGUCUCUGCCGCUUGACAAACGUUUGCAACUCCUCCCCUGGCUGUUGGACGACUCCCCGCCACAUUACAUGCCUACGCCCGAUCUACUGGCAACGGGGAACGGAGACGUGCGGCCAGCAAGUCGCCUGCCUCAACGGUCUGAGAGUUGUGAGCCCCAUGGCAGCUCCAGAAAGGGCAUGCCGUAUUCGCCUGAAGACCGGGAUCUCCUGUUGAAAUUAAGAAGAGACGAGAAACGGCCUUGGUCUGAGGUGAUAAGGUUGUUCUCGGACCAGUUUCCUGGCCGGAGCCGGGGAGCUAUUCAAGUUUUUUGGAGCACGACCCUCAAGGAGGGAGCGGUAUAACUAGAAAUGUCUUUUAACGCUCGAACUUCCUUGUUCUGCUUUCGAAUAUAUGUAGUGCUAUAUGUAGUUGCAGAACGACAGAGCCAUGUCCCUCCCUGGGUCGCGCAGAAUGUGGUUGGGAAUGACAUCAAGCAGGCCCAGAGGUUUUCCCGAGCUCCGAGCCGGGAAAGAACCCCACCUUGUAAGAGAACUUCCCACACCUCAAGAGGAACUUCUCCCUGUCCUAGAACGUCUCCUG